AUGAAGUCUGCUGUAUUGCUCUCUAUGGUCCCCAGUGUGCUGGGCACAACUAUCUAUUUGGCUGGUGACUCAACCAUGGCCAAGGGAGGCACUGGGUCUGGUACUGCAGGAUGGGGCGAGUACGUCUCCCCAUACACAUCAGCCACGGUCUCCAACCAAGCCGUCGCCGGCCGCAGUGCACGAUCCUAUACCCGCGAAGGUCGCUUCGAUACGAUCGCUAGCGAAGUCCAAUCUGGAGACUGGGUAAUCAUCGAAUUCGGACAUAACGACGGAGGUUCGCUCACGCCAACGGACAAUGGCCGCACCGACUGCUCCGGUACGGGGGAUGAGACAUGCACCACGACCUAUAACGGCGUGACGGAGACUGUCUUGACCUUCCCCAAGUACCUGGAGAACGCAGCCAGCACGUUCGUGGCCAAGGGGGCCAACGUGCUCAUCUCCAGCCAGACACCCAACAACCCCUGGGAGACCGGUACAUUCACGUACUCGCCAUCGCGGUUUGUGGCAUAUGCCGAGUUGGCAGCCCAGACUGCUGGUGUAUCGUAUGUCGACCAUGGAGCUUAUGUGGCGGAUAUCUUUGAGACUUUGGGCGCAGAUGUGGUCGAUGCAUACUUCCCGCUUGAUCAUACCCACACGAGCGCGGAUGGUGCCUCGGUCGUGGCUCAGGCAUUCUUCAAGGCCGUGGUCUGUGCAGGAGUUGGGCUGGAGAGUCUCCUGAACACUCAAAGCUUUGAGGGCGAGUGCCUCUGA